ACGAAGCUCUGAAAAUGGAAGAAGAAGAAGAUGAGGAGAGGCACAAACUCAUCCUCCUCCUGCGUAUUCUCCAUUUCCAAGUUUCUCCAUCGCCUAUCUUCCUUGAAAGACGUGGUACAAAUCCAAGCCUUCAUCACCAAGGUAGGUUUACUGGGCCACACUCCUCUGAUCGCGAAGCUCAUCACGUCGACAUCUUUGUCUCCGUGCGGUUGUCUCGCUCACGCUCAGUCACUUUUGGAAGAAACCGCCAUGGACGACCCUUUCGUCUGCAACACCAUGAUCAGGGCUUACGCCAGAAGUGUCUUCCCCGUAAAGGGUGUUUGUAUUUACAAUCAUAUGCAGAGAUUGGAUUUUGGGUUGUCGGAUAAUUUCACAUUUAAUUUCGGACUCAGGGCCUGCGCCAGAGCUCUCAAAUGGCUGGAAGAAGAUCGGGCGGGUUCUUGUCGUUUGGAGAUCGCUCGUAAGGGGGAAGAAAUUCAUUGUCGGGCUUUGAAGUUGGGGUUUGAUGGUGAUAGAUAUGUUCGGGAUUCGUUGGUUUUUUUGUAUUCUCAAUGUGGGCGUGUGGAGCUUGCGCGCCAUGUGUUUGAUGAAAUGCCUGAGAGAAGUCUUGCUUCUUGGAACAUGAUGAUUUCGGCCUAUGAUCAGAUCGAUGAUUUCGAGUCAGCGGAUUGCCUAUUCGGUUUAAUGCCUCAGAAGAAUGUGGUUUCUUGGAACACCUUGUUGUCGCGGUAUGUUAGGUUGCGGAAGAUUGAGGCUGCGAAGAAGCUGUUCGAAGAAAUGCCGGAGAGAGAUUCGGUUUCUUGGAACUCUAUGAUUGCUGGUUAUGUACUGGUCAAAUAUUAUGUUGCGGCAUUGAAUAUCUUCCGCGAAAUGCAAAUUGCAAAGGUGGAGGCUACAGAGGUGACGCUUGUAUCCGUUCUUGGCGCUUGUGCCGAAAAGGGUGCGCUGGAUAUUGGGAGGAAGAUCCAUGAAUCUUUGAAAGAAAAACAUUGCAAGAUUGAAGGGUAUCUGGGAAAUGCUCUGGUGGAUAUGUACGCAAAAUGUGGGAAGUUGAGUUCAGCUCGGGAGCUAUUCAAUGAGCUGAAAGUGAGACCUGUGAGUUGUUGGAACGCGAUGAUCGUCGGGUUGGCUGUGCAUGGCCACUCUGAGGAAGCUUUGGAAUUGUUUUCUGCCAUGGAAAAGAGAAUUGACGAGGUUAGGCCCAAUCGGGUCACUUUCAUUGGUGUUUUGAUUGCUUGCAGCCACAAGGGUCUAGUGGAAGAAGGACGCCGGUAUUUUGACCGCAUGAUCGAGCAGUAUGGUAUUGUGCCGGAUGAAAAGCAUUACGGGUGCAUAGUUGAUCUUCUGAGCAGAGGGGGAUUGCUAUAUGAAGCUUAUCAAAUAAUCGAAAAUGUACCUCCCCAAAUAAGCUCUGUACUGUGGAGAACUUUAUUGGGUGCUUGUAGGGUACACGGAAAUGUUGACUUGGCCGAGAAAUGCUUUCAGCAGCUCGCCGAGUUGGAGCCUCUUAAGGAUGCAGAUUAUGUUUUGUUGUCGAACAUCUACGCUGAAGCCGAGAGAUGGGACGAUGUUGAGCGACUGAGGGAUGACAUGGUUAGCAGGGGAGUUGUAAAGAUACUUGGCUACAGCCAUUUAAAGAAUUAGAGAUGAAAUAAACAAGAAAAAUGGAGAAAAACUUUCAAGACAGCUCAUUUAUAAUGUUGUUUUGCUUGAAUUGAAUUCAGCGGGUCCACAAUUGUUCAACAUCAUGAA